AUGCUCUCAAGUUUGAAUUCGGCAUUAGCUCGACUAUCGUUGAGCGGUCAGACAUCGACGUAUGUUUCGAAAAUGUUCGCGUCAGGACGAUGGUGGCCACAACCUCAGAGUGCAGUGAAUUCGAUACGCACUUUUAGUGGAAACUCGAAUGGCACAACACUCACAAAAGACUCUGCGAUCAAGAAAAAUGCCUGUGAAAGUCAAAUUUUGAGUGUCUCUCAAGACGCGAAUGAAUGCUCAAUUGAGGAAACAUGUUCAAACGUUGAUCGCCGGAACAGCGAACCGGUUGACUUGGAGCUGUUUCGUGAGCAGGCCGCACCCGUCUACGCGCAGCCACGUGGCACCGGUCAUAAGGUCUACAAGACGGAACGGGGUAAAAACGGUGAAUUGCUAGCGGACUAUGUGCUAUUUGAAGACUCGAUGAAUAAAGCGAAAGUGACCUGGAAUCAGUACUCGACGUUGAGCAGUGAGGAACGUGAUAUUUAUAUGGCGCAUUUGAAGGCGUUGAGAACGCGACGACUUUGGUAUAAAGAUCCGAAGAGCGGAUAUCGUGUGAUGUGCUCAUCACAGUUGUUGUUGAAUGGUAAAUGUUGUGGCAACGGUUGUAGACAUUGUCCGUAUCAACACGAAAACGCGAAGCCUGAAAUUAGAAAACGUCGAAAAUGGAACGGCGCCUUCUAUGUCUGA